ACUCGGUCCCUGAGGGCUGCCUUGUUUCUUCCACUUUCUCCUGCCCGCCCGCCAGCCCCCUGAGCGAUGUGUUCGAUCCUUGAACUCUCUGUGCCACAUAGUCGUGGCUUGGGCGUGAAUUCCCCCUUUACAGCUCUGACUUAUCUCUAGCAAUAAACAAACUCCUCCUGUAUAAAUAGCCGGGAGCAGCGACCUGGCGGCACUCUGGGCAGCAGCAGCAACGGACGGAUCGGUUGGAACAUCUCUCAAGAUGAGAGGCAUCAGCGUGACCACCCUCGUCCUCUUGUUCCUCGCAGGAACCCAGGCCCGCCACUUCUGGCAGCAGGAUGAGCCCCCCCAGUCCCCCGUGCAGCACCUCAAAGAACAGUUCCACGCCUACCUGGAAUCCGCCAAGGCCAGUGCCAAGGAAGUGAUUGCACAGCUGGAUGCCUCCAACUUUGGCCAGCGCUUUGACCUGGACCUGGGGACCAAGGUGGAGAUGGUGGCGGCAGUGGCUGAGCAGCUCCGUGAGCAGCUGGCCCCCAGCUACCAGGCCAUGCGGGAGCGCAUUCAUUCAGACUACGAGGAGCUGACGGCGGACCUGGCCCCCAUCAAAGCCAAGGUCAUGCCCUUGUUCGACGACCUGAAUGCAAACCUGCAGGAGGUGGGGCAGGCCUACUACGCGAAGGUGACGCCGCUGGUGGAGGAGUGGCGGGAGAGCGCGCGGCAGGACAUGGACAGCCUGCGGAGCAAGAUGGAGCCCAUCUCAGCCCAGCUCCGGGACAAGGUGCGGGUGCUGGUGGCCGACUUCCGCCAGAAAGCGGCCCCCUUCAUGGAGGAGGCGCGGCAGGCGAUGAGGCAGAAGGCGCAGCAGCUCCAGGAGCGCGCCGUGCCCCGCGUGCAGGAGAUCCGCACCAUCGUCCAGGAGCAGAUCGCCAGCCUGCACGAGGCAGCGGCCCCGAUAGUGGAGACCUUGCGCCACAAGAUGGGGCCCUUGCUGAAGAACGUGGAGGAGCGCCUGGUGUCCCUGCUGGAGACCCUGCAGAGGAACCUGGACCAGGAGAGCACGCAGCAGCAGCAGCAGUCCUAGAGGGCGGCCCGCACGCGCUUGCCGCCGGACCUUCGGGCUGAGCACCUCGCCCGCCUCUCUCUGUCUCCCUCCAGCUGGUGCCCAAUAAAAGCCGUGCGUGGGA